CACGGUCGCACAGGUCAUCAUGCACUAGAAUAACAAGACUGUUACUUUUCCAGUAGCUAAUCCCUUUGCUGUGUUUAAUUAAUACUUUAAUUUUUUCAUUUUUCGCAACUUGCGGUUUGUUUAAGAAAUAUUUCAUUUUAUUUAUGACAUGUUAACCUUGGAUAGCGACUAGCAAGCUAGCUCCAGAACUGUCAUUCAUGGAGUCCAGCUAACGUUAGCUAGGUAUAUCUAUAAAGUGUAACGCCAUGUCACAAGAGGAGCUUUACUUCUCUCCGGAGCAGUCUAGUGGAGAUUUCAAAGAGAGAAAAGCCAGAAGUCGCCUCGGUCUCGUCGUGACGGGGGUGGUGGGAGGCUCGCUCGUCGCCUUGUACGCCGUGGCUGCUCCUUUUGUCGCCCCUGCCCUGAGAAGAGUCUGCCUCCCGUUUGUCCCGGCCACCACAGCUCAGGUGGAGAACGUCCUGAAGGCGCUGCAGGCAAGAUCUGGGACCCUGGUGGAUAUAGGGAGCGGAGAUGGAAGGAUAGUGAUCGCAGCAGCCAAACAUGGGUUUCAUGCGUCCGGCUUUGAGCUCAACCCCUGGCUGGUGUGGUAUUCUCGCUACAAGGCCUGGAGAGAGGGAGUCCACCGCUCAACCUCCUUCCACAUUUCUGACUUGUGGAAGGUCAGUUUUGCUCAGUAUUCCAACGUUGUCAUUUUUGGUGUUCCUCAAAUGAUGGACCAGCUGGAGCUGAAGUUGGCAAGUGAGCUGCCGAGCACAGCCAAGGUGGUCGCCUGCCGCUUCCCCUUCCCUACCUGGGUCCCUGAACACACCACCGGCGAGGGCAUAGACACUGUGUGGGUGUACAAUGCCGAGACGUUUAAAUCACACCUGCAACGUGGAAUCAGAAGAGAGACAUUGACAGAAAAAUGCGACACAUCAGAUUGACACACUUAAACAUGUACAGUUUGCUGUCAGAUCUUGCUGAGGGGGACUUUCUGGUGUAUUGACACCACUUCUUGAAAGUUGCUGGGGAACACAGCCUCACACAGUGCAUUCAUCAUCGUAUAACCUUUAGUUAAGGUUGAAAAAAGCAAGAAAGGCAAAGUGACUGGCUACAUUUGUGUUAAAGUCAAGACAGUUUGCAUUUGAGAUGUAGAUGCUUAAGACCAGACCAGGGAUUGAAGAACAUGUACACAAUAAUUUAAGUUCUAAAUCAUUAGGUCUAAUAGUUGGAUAACCUGUGGCUAAGAUGCUGAUCAAAUUGCAUUGUUUAUACAAUGUGUGAAAGCUUUAAUGCAAACGUAUUCAUAAUAUAUUUGUCUGUAAGAAAUC